AUGCAUGGGAAGCAAGGGAACGUGGCGUUUUCUGAAAAUUUCAUCACCGAAAGCUCUAUCAAACACGCUUUUCUUCUUCCGCCAGAUGCAAUUGUGAAGUUGUCGUAUGAGUCCAAUGGCAUGCAGAUUAAUAGCGGGACUCCAAUUACUGCAGAGCAUUGCUUUUUGCUUCCCGAUGGCUGGUCGACCAUGGUGUUUUUCGCCGAAUCAGACAGAUCACCAUCUCGAGGAGCGAAGCCGAAGGAUAUCUCUCAGAGCAGCGAUCCGCUUUAUGUUCCAAUAGUCAAGCAGGACAAGAAUUUCAAACACAACUGA